UGUAUGUGGAUGUAACACACUGUCAGUACAUUUAAUCGGUUCUUACGUGUUAAAAUAACAGUUAGUGAUGCUAAUUUCGGUUGGGGACUAAUGCUAAUAAUGCUAAUGCCCUGUGCAGCACUGCCUUAUCUAUUCAGCCAGACACGAAUAAAAUCGUCUGUGAGGCAAGAAUGUAACGGCUUGUGACCAGAAUCAGACAAGAGCCGUGGUGUGGCUGUCAGAGAAUUACUUUCGUGCUGCAAUGUUUCCAUAUCUUCUAGUGGCUCAGCUUGUUGUUUGUAACAGCUCUGUACUUCAUCACUCAUUUAGCCCUGUAGGUUUCUUCGCAGGUGUGUCCAACAUGUCUGUGGACUGGGCGGGAUAUGGAUAUGCAGCCCUUGUCGCAUCGGGGGGAGUCGCUGGAUACGUGAAAGCAGGCAGCGUUCCCUCUCUUGCUGCUGGGUUACUCUUUGGGGGCCUAGCUGGUUUUGGUGCCUACCAGAUCUCCAAUGACCCCAAUAAUAUUUGGGUGUCCCUCGCUACAUCAGGAACGCUGUCAGCCGUCAUGGGAAAAAGGUUUUAUGGAUCCAGAAAGUUCAUGCCAGCUGGCUUGAUGGCUGGAGCAAGUCUUCUGAUGGUGGGGAAGCUCAGUUUGGCAUUGCUCCAGAAACCCAAUGAAUCCUGAUGGAGUUUCGAGAUGUAUGUCUUCAUUUGUUGAUCAUUAAUGUCGUUUUGUAAACAAAAAGGUGUAUAUAUGAAGGUGAAAUACAGAAGCUUGUUUAUACAAAGAAA